UUCCCUACAACAAAUUGUAUGUGAUCCUACAUUCAUAGCCAGCAAACAGCUACUAUAGGAGCAAAUGGUGGUGAAUUGAAUGAAGAAACCUGCAACUGUUGAGUCAGCAGAAUAGCAGACAAAAACAAAAACAGCAAUAUGGCAGGAUCUUCCGCAGAUCUUCAUCCUCACCAACCAGACAUAGAACUCAUGAACAACAGCAGCAAGUUAAGCCCUUCUGAUCACUCCAACGUCAAUGUAACCAAAUCCCAGAACGAACAAGAAGAAGCACACUACGUUGAGGUCACCAUGGAGGUUCAAGGUGAGUCUGUUGCCUUACAAAGUAUCAAAACUGUUGCAGGCAGUGACAACAUGGAAGAAGAAGGAGAAGGUGAAAAACUGGGUUUGACUACUGGCAAAAAGAAGCUUGAGAAGAAAACAUCCUUUGGUGCUUCAGUGAUGCAGAGUGCUACAACUCGCAUCAAGCAGUUGAAGCGUUUGGCAUCAUUUUCGAAACCGGAGCCGGAGAAACAGUUGGCAAGGACUAAAUCUGCAGUGGCUCAUGCUCUCACUGGACUCAAGUUUAUCAGCAAAACCGAUGGUGGUGCUGGGUGGGGUGAGGUUGAGAAGGAGUUUGACAAGCUCACUGCUUCCACUGAUGGGUAUCUUCCUCGUGCACUCUUUGCCAAAUGCAUAGGAUUGAACAAGGAGUCUGAGGCUUAUGCAGAGAAAUUGUUUGAUACUCUUGCUAGGCAGAGAGGUAUUCAGGGAGGUUCCAUUAACAAGAUCCAGUUUAGGGAAUUCUGGGACCGAAUGUCUGACCAGAGCUUCGAUUCUAGGCUCAAAACAUUCUUUGACAUGGUUGAUAAGGAUGCAGAUGGUAGGAUCAACGAGGAAGAAAUCAAAGAGAUUAUAUGCCUUAGUGCCACUGCCAACAAACUGUCAAACAUCCAGACACAGGCAGAGGAAUAUGCGCGUUUGAUCAUGGAAGAACUAGACCCUGAUGACACAGGACAUAUCUUGAUAGGCAACCUGGAGACUCUCUUAUUACAUGGACCUGAGCAAACUACAAGAGGAGAAAGCAAGUACCUGAGCCAAAUGCUAAGCCAAAAGCUUAAGCCUACACUUGUGGACUAUCCUGUUGUGAGGUGGUUCAGAGAUGCCAAGUACUUCUUGCAGGACAAUUGGCAAAGAGCUUGGGUACUUAUACUGUGGAUUGGUGUGAUGCUGGGUUUAUUCGCCUUUAAAUUCGUGCAAUAUCGGAGAAGAGCUGCCUAUGAGGUUAUGGGACAUUGUGUGUGCAUGGCAAAAGGUGCAGCUGAGACACUUAAGUUGAACAUGGCUCUUAUCUUGUUGCCGGCUUGCCGAAACACCAUUACCUGGCUUCGGAAUAGGACCAAGCUAGGUGUUGUAGUUCCUUUCGAUGACAACAUCAACUUCCACAAGGUGAUAGCAGUGGCAAUAGCAAUUGGUGUUGGUAUACAUGUUAUUUAUCAUCUUGCUUGUGAUUUCCCUCGCCUUCUUCACGCAAGCGAUGAAAAGUACAAACUCAUGAAGCCUUUUUUCGGGGAUAAACCAUCAAAUUAUUGGCAUUUUAUCAAAUCAUGGGAAGGAGUAACAGGGAUUCUAAUGGUUGUUCUAAUGGCAAUAGCCUUUACACUGGCCAAUCCCAGAUUCAGGCGAGGCCAGGCCAAAUUACCCAAACCUUUCAACAGAAUCACAGGUUUCAAUGCCUUUUGGUAUUCACAUCACCUCUUCAUCAUUGUCUAUGCCCUGUUGGUUGUGCAUGGAAUCAAACUUUACUUGACUCAGGAUUGGAACAAGAAAACGACCUGGAUGUAUCUAGCUGUUCCCAUCACCAUUUAUCUAGUGGAAAGACUGAUUAGAGCACUCAGAUCUAGCACCAAGUCUGUGAGAAUAUUAAAGGUGGCUGUUUAUCCUGGAAAUGUGUUAGCACUUCAUAUGUCAAAGCCUAAUGGUUUUACCUACAAGAGUGGACAAUACAUGUUUGUCAAUUGUGCUGCCGUGUCUCCAUUUGAAUGGCAUCCAUUUUCCAUAACUUCUGCCCCUGAUGAUGAAUUCCUUAGCGUUCACAUUAAAAUACUUGGUGACUGGACUCGAAGUUUGAAAGCCAAAUUCUCAGAGGCUUGCCUGCCAGCCCUCAAUGGCCAGAGUGGACUUCUAAGAGCUGAAUGCUCCAAAGGAGAAUACAGCCCCAGUAAUUUUCCUAAAGUUCUGGUUGAUGGCCCGUAUGGAGCACCAGCACAAGACUACAGGGAGUACGAGGUGGUUUUACUUGUAGGGCUUGGUAUAGGAGCUACCCCAAUGAUAAGUAUACUCAAGGACAUGAUCAGUAAUUUCAAGGCAAUGGAAGAAGAAGAGGAGUGGUCCACAAUAGAGGAGGGAUCACCACAACAAAAAAAGUUCAGUGACUUCAAGACAAGGAGGGCAUACUUCUACUGGGUAACAAGAGAGCAAAAUUCUUUUGACUGGUUUAAAGGGGUGAUGAAUGAGGUUGCUGAAGAGGAUAGAAGGGGAGUGAUUGAGCUGCACAGUUACUGCACCAGUGUCUAUGAGGAAGGUGAUGCUCGCUCUGCUCUUAUUGCCAUGGUGCAGUCUAUACACCAUGCAAAGAAUGGCGUGGACAUCGUCUCCGGCACACGCGUCAUGUCUCACUUCGCCAAACCCAAUUGGCGAACUGUCUACAAGCGCAUUGCGCUUAAUCAUCCACAAGCAAGAGUUGGGGUAUUUUACUGCGGGCCACCCACUCUCACCCAAGAGCUUCGUCAGCUAGCAUUGGAUUUCUCUCACAACACACCCACCAAGUUCGAUUUUCAUAAAGAAAAUUUCUGAACAGGGGAAGAUGUGGAACGAGCUAGUACUCAAAAUUGAUCCCCACCAUGACAACUCCGCUAUAAUCAUGGUAUUGUGUCCUUUUUGCUGAUAAGUGAUAGCCUAUAAUAUGUUUCUACCUAAGGUAGUGAUGGUUUUGUAAAAGGAGUAAAGGAUCAAGAGGCAAAAUGGUUUAGUUGUGAGUUGGCUACCAAAUCCACAAGGGGUGGUUGGACUACCACGCCAGCUUGUCGUCAUGUCAUGUGUAAAUUUAAGGAGAAAUGCCGUGAGAAGUUAUUUCCCCAUUAUGAUAGGACCAGGAGAUGGGGCUGGGAAAAAGUAAAACAGGAGUGUAAAGAAUUUGCCCAUAUGCAAAUGCUAUGCAAAUUAGUAGUUUAUAUUUUAAGCCCCAAUAUCUUAUAGUUAAUCAAUUGCAAAAUCCGGGAAGAUUCAUUUGUAUACAGUAUGGCUUACCAUGUAAUUUGUACUUAUAACAAUAUCCUUAUACAUAACUUUCAUGUUGGUAUAGCAUAUUGAGUUCAAAAGGAAA